AUGGAGAGCAGAGGCAGAACCGGGAGAGGAGACCCUCACAGGGAAGAGCACCGAGGCCGCGCCCGUGGGGGGCAUCCCCGCGGUAAGACCAAGAGAGAGCACUACCGGGCCCGGGGGAAAGGAGCAGGCCGUGCUGCAGACUUCAGACCCCGGGCUUGUUAUGACAACGAGGGGGAGUUUCCCGGAGAAGAAUACGUGAGCCGGUCGUUCUCCAGGAGGAAGCUGGAGUCCAACUGGGACCGAUAUGACGCCUCAGAGACACAGGAAGUGGACCAGGACAUGCCCAGCCACCGGGGGGCAGACUACAGCGUCUUACUACAGUCUGCAGGGGAUUCCUUCACACAGUUUCGAUUUUCUGACGAGAAGGACUGGGACAUGGACUCAUUUGUGGCUGCGCAGAUGUCGGCCCUCGUGGAUCUGACGGCUUUGUCCCGGAGCCUCCAACACGUGCCUCUCCCUCAGCGCCUCGGCCUGCAGCCUCAGCUCGUCCAGAUCUCUGCUCCGGCCGAGCUCCCGCCACAGCCAUCUCUCAUACAGGACACGGCCUCCAACACAACCUCCACCCCGAGCACUCCUUCAGCUGCUGCCAAGGCGCUCGGCCAACUGCACUUAGUCUCCCCUCGUUCAGGAGCAGUGACAUCACAACCCCCUCUGAACACGGUCCCGUCACCACAGGAGGGCGCGACCGAAGAGCUGGAGGAGCUGCUGUCUUUACACAAACCAGAGACCGCUCCCAUCAGUCAUCUACACACGGAGAGAGAGUGUGACGAAGUGAAGAAGGAUGUACCGCAGGAAGAGGACAAAGAGGAGGAGGGGGAGGAAGAAGAGGACGCAAAAGAAAGAGAAGACAAAGAGGACAAAGUGCGAGACAUUGACGUCACACAGAGUUCUGUGAAAAAGCAGCAGCUGACGGAGGAUGAUCUGGAGGACUGGCUGGACAGCAUGAUCUCCUGA